CCAACAUAAUUCACGUUUGAGUUUGCAUCGAGCCGUUGAUGUAUAUCUUCAACUAAACGUUCCUGGAAAAAGAGAUGUCCAUAUAAAGGAAUCGCCGAAGAAUUCAGGGGUGGGAACAAUGAGAGCCACUCUAGCUCCGACCACCGUGCUCUCGCCUCUUCAUUCUAAUUUCCCCAAGUUAACUCCAUUAAUCACCACCGUCAAUCGAUCACGCCGUCACACUUAUCCGAAUGCCUUAAAAUGUUUGGACCAUAAGAAAGUCUGUCCUGAAGACCACUACCAGAGAAAUGCCACCAAAUACUGGGACAACUUCUACAAACGCCACCAAGACAAAUUCUUCAAGGAUAGACAUUACUUGGAGAAGGAUUGGAGAUGUUACUUUGCAGAAGAUGAAGUCUAUUCCAAUGAAAAGGUCGUUUUGGAGGUUGGAUGCGGGUCUGGAAGUACCCUCUUUCCUCUUAUGGCUGCAUUCCCCAAUCUUUAUGUUCAUGCUUGUGAUCUCUCACCUCAUGCAAUUGAGCUUGUUAAGUCAAAUGCGAAUUUCAUAGAAGACAGGGUUAAUGCAAUUGUCUGUGAUGUUACACUUGAGGAUCUUUGUGAGAAAAUUGACCCCUUUUCAGUUGAUGUUGUUACAUUGGUUUUUAUGCUGUCUGCAGUUUCCCCAAGUAAAAUGCCUUUGAUAUUGGAGAACAUCAAAACAGUGACUAAGCCAAAUGGUUAUGUUCUCUUACGAGAUUAUGCUGCUGGAGAUUUUGCUCAAGUCAAGUUACAGAAAAAAGAUAGGAUGAUUGGUGAGGACUUUUAUGUUCGAGGAGAUGGUACUUGUUCAUUCUACUUCUCUGAAGAUUUUUUGUCAUCGUUGUUUCUAAGAGCUGGCUUUCACACUGUGGAUAUGAACACAUACUGCAGAGAGGUUUACAAUCGUUCUCGGAAUGUUACGAUGAAUCGGCGUUGGAUCCGUGCAGUAUUUAAAAGCGUUUGAUCUACAGCACUGGCAAUGCAGUUCAAGGCUUCAAUCUGCUGUGGCUAGGUAACUGUUUGCCAGUGGAUCAAGUAACGACUUAUUUGUCCCCUCAGUGAGCCAGGUUGGAAGAAAAACUGUUUGAGACUAUCUUAUUUAUAUGGAUUUCGGACAAAGCAGCUUAUGAAUUAAUAAGUUUUCACCUCACAGUGCUAUGAGUGUGCAAUUGAAAUUAGUUUGCAUAGAAUCUACCUCUUGUGCCAGGCAGAUUAAGAAGAAGAUUUAGCUUACUUCAUGAAGGGAACAGUUACUCAACAGGCCUGAAUUUACUAAGAUUGUAGGCUAGCUCGCCAUAUUUAUGUAUGUCUUUUGCUGUAAAUUUUCUUUUGUAGGAGAUGUUGCUUUUCAAAUUGUUGUCCUUUUUAGUACAUGUUUUGGUCUUAUCUAGAACAGGAAAAGGAGUCAUUUUCAUUGCUGCUGUAGCUUUUCAAAUUGUCAACGUGGCUGUUGUCGUUUUGUUUUUGGUUGUUGAGGUUGUCGCAUUUGUAUUGUUGUUGUUUCUUUCUUGGGAUGAUCUCACUUGUAUUAAAUUAUGUUCUUGACUUGAUUGUCUAAUUUUUGUCGUUUUAUAAUUGUCAGGUCUUUUUGUUUAUACGCUUUGAAGUUAAUGUUAUUGUAAGAUAUUUGUCUUUUUUUUUUGUUUCUUGGUGUACCAAAAACUGGGAGAGAAUGUUCAUUCAAAUUAUUAAUCUCAA